ACUCUUGUAGUCUUGUGUAGAGAACUUUUCUCUAUGAAUUGACUCCAUCCCAUCCUAUCCCAGCCUUGUCCUAUAAAUUCAGAACCUCUUUCUUGUAUGCCACACAUUAUCCCAGCAAUUCUUUAAAAUCAAAGGCCUCGAAGAAGACUCAGUGUCCUCACAGACCACACAAUCUCUUUUCUUCCUUGCCAUCUCACUCAACGUCAGCUAAAUCUGUGCUGUGCAUGUUUGUGCAGUAAGUGAAUCUCCAGGGCAUAAUCCGGCUUACGUUAGCAAAAUCCUCUCGAUCCCCACGCCCCUGCCACCAGAUCUUAACCGGCUGCUGCUGCGCACAUUUACUUAUCCUUCACCUCUUAAAUUUCCCCUUCUGUACAAUAUUUUUAACGUAGCAAACAUUUCAGUUCUUGAUAUUAUGGCUACAAAGUUUGUGUUAACUCUAGCCCUAUGUCGUUUAAUAGUCACCGUGGGAUUGAUGAGCUUGGACCCGAGAGAGCUCAUCGGCAUCAACGACCACCGCUUCAGCCUCGACCCGGCCCAACUCGAAUCGGCGUCACGCGAUUUUGGAGGCCAAAAUCAAGCCGAGCCUCUAGCUAUUUUUCACCCCACAUCAGCUGAUGAUAUUAGAGGUUUGGUUCAAGCGGCUUACGAAUCGGGUCACGGGUGGGCCGUCUCGGCUCGAGGCCACGGGCAUUCGAUAAAUGGACAGGCUCACGCUAAGAACGGUGUUGUGAUUGAAAUGAGUGGGUCGAAGCAGCUGCCGAGAGUUGAUGAGUCGUUAAAAUACGUAGAUGUGUGGGGUGGAGAAUUAUGGAUUGAUGUGCUCAACUACACGCUAAGGUAUGGAGUGGCACCGAAAUCAUGGACGGAUUAUUUGUACCUUUCCGUGGGGGGUACUUUGUCCAAUGCUGGGAUUAGUGGACAGGCUUUUAAUCAUGGUCCUCAGAUUAGUAACGUCUACGAGCUUGACGUUGUUACAGGAAAGGGAGAGCUGAGGACAUGCUCAGAAGAACAGGACUCGGAAUUGUUCCACGCUGUUCUGGGUGGGCUAGGCCAGUUUGGGAUAAUCACCAGAGCUAGAAUUGCACUUGAAUCAGCCCCACAAAGGGUAAGGUGGAUCCGGCUACUGUAUUCGAACUUUUCGAGAUUUACACAUGACCAAGAGUACCUGAUUUCACUACAUAUGCUACCAGCUGCCCAGAAAUUCGAUUAUGUUGAGGGUUUUGUUAUAGUUGAUGAAGGUCUCAUUAACAACUGGAGAUCAUCAUUCUUCUCACCCAGUAAUCCUGUCAAGAUAUCUUCUGUCGUUGGUGCCAAUGGAGGUGUCUUGUAUUGCUUGGAAAUUACCAAAAAUUACGACCAAUCAAGUGCCCAUACCAUCGAUCAGGAAGUAGGGGAGUUGUUAAAGGAAUUGCAGUAUAUACCAGCAACAGAGUUCACAACAGACCUUCCAUAUGUAAAUUUCUUGAACCGGGUUCACAAGGCAGAGGUGAAACUCCGGUCCAAGGGUUUGUGGGAGGUGCCGCAUCCUUGGCUUAAUUUAUUUAUACCCAAAUCAAGAAUAGAUGAGUUCGAUAAAGGAGUGUUCAGGGGCAUUCUGGGAAACAAAACCAGUGGGCCUAUUCUCAUCUACCCUAUGAACAAAAACAAGUGGGAUGAAAGAAGUUCAGUAGUGACCCCAGAUGAAGAAGUGUUCUACUUGGUGGCUCUGCUUAGGUCCGCACUGGAUGGUGGUGAGGAAACACAAACUUUGAAAUAUCUAAGCGAUCAGAACCGUCAGAUCUUGAGAUUUUGUGACGAUGCUGGGAUCAAGAUCAAGCAAUACCUGCCUCAUUACAACACUCAGAAACAAUGGAUGGAUCAUUUUGGAGAUAAGUGGCCCACCAUUUAUCAACGCAAGAUGGAAUUCGACCCUAAACAUAUUUUAGCAACGGGCCAGCGUAUAUUUCAGCCCAAUUUCAGAACUUAUACGGGUUCACUGUAAUAUGGGCCAACAACACAUGCUAACCCAAUUGAGUUAUGUACAUAUUCAUGGAAAUCCUUUUCUUAUUAA